AUGGUAUUCAUAAAGUUUAAUAAGAAAUUACUUCUAAUUUCAAUAUUAUUAAUUUCGUUAUCCUUAAUAUCACCCAGUUCAGCUCAAUCUGAUGAUAAUUCAUUAUCCGAAAAAUGUUCAGAAGCAUAUGAUUACGUUUUAGAUUCACCCGAAUUAGCUAAAUGCUUUCCACCUGAUAUAGAAGAUGAUGAUGGACAAUUAACUGACAAAGAACAACAAAUACUUGUUCCAGAUUUUGAUUCUUAUUGUAAUGAAACAAAAUGUUCUGAUACAUUUUUAAAUGAAAUGUCUCAAAUCUUAAAAAAUAAUUGUUCUCAAGAAUUAGCUAAUAAUGAUGCGAAAAUUACUCCUAAGGAUCAACUUUGUACUUAUUGUAAUAAGGUUAUAGCAAAUGUUAUUGUGGAUUUUGAAAAAAGCCAUCCAGAAAUUAAGAAUCAAAUGGUUAAUUCUACAGAAGUUAUCACAAUUGAAAAUAAAUGUGAAAAAACAUUUUUCGAUGAUAAAAUAUACAUAACUACUACUAGUGCUCCUAUUAAUACUGCUACUGCUAGUACUGGUCCUAAUCUUAGUACUGAUAUUAGUAAACCAACUGAAGCUAAAUUUACAACUUCUUCUGCUGCUAAUUCCUCAUUUAAACCUUUUUCUUAUACUUAUUCAAUUAUAAUUG